UCUGUCAGUGUUGCUCAGAGUCAGACGACACUGGAGGCCAAACUUGGGGCCCUGCAGUGCCACUUCACCUGGGACCUGGACUCCAGCAAGUCCAAACUGUUCUGUCUCAGGGACACGCUGGAGGACAUUGGCACUGAGGAAGGAAACAGCUGGCUGGGUCACAUUUACAACCUGCAGGGGUACAUUCACUACCAGCUGAGCUCCACUGAAGACGCCCGGCGUUUCUUCAGCAGGGCCACAGAGGCGUUCCGCCGGUCAAGAAACACCGUCUCAGAUGAAGGUCCCUGGUUGGUGGUGAACUACGGGAACCUGGCUUGGCUGCACCACCACCUAGGAGAGGAAAAAGAGAGUCAGAAGUACCUGUCAAAGGUCGACACCCUGCUGAAGAAAUACCCAUCUCCAUCCCAGGACAAGUUCCAUCCAGAGAUCUACGCUGAAAAGGCCUGGACCCUGAUGAACUUUGGCAAAGACAAAAAGCAGCUGGCAGCAGAUUACUUCCAGGAAGCCAUCAACAUGCAGCCAGAUGUGGUGGAGUGGCGUACCAGCCGUGUCAUAGCGUUAGUGAAUGAUUACAAGCAGCAAGACAUCUUGGAGAAAAUGAAAAUCGCCAAAGAACACGAUCCAGAGAACUUGUACCUUGCUGCUUUAUUCCUUGAGGAAUGUGCAAAGAAAGGAAGAAAAAUUGAAGAUGAAGCACGUGAGUUGGCCGAAAGGGUGUUGAGAAAGCCUGUAAGCAGCUACAGUGGUAUGACACCAUUACUAAGGCUAUUCAGAGAGUAUGUAUCCAUUGAUGAGGCUAUUGAUUUGGCAGAGGAGGCUCUGAAAAAACAUCCAGAUAAACGUCAUCUGCAGAGGUGUGCGGCAGCCUGCUACAAAUGGAAGAUUUAUUCAGACAAGGACAAUCUCCUGAGGCAAAGCAUGAUAGACAGGGCAAUCAGUCUCCAUAACAAAGUGAUUCGUCUUUACCCUGAUUCUUCAUGUAAAAUGGAAAUAGCUCUUGCAAACAUAUACCCAAAAUCAAACCACAGCCAGGCUGAAGCUGAGCAGGUUUACAAGAAGCUGCUAGAAAGUGAUCUGGAACCUGCAGACAGACAGAUGGUCUACAACUGCUACGCCAAAUAUUUACACUUCACUCGAAAUGAGAUCCACAAGUCAAUAGAAUAUCACAUGAUGGCAGCAGAGAUACCACUACAAUCUCGCUCUCGUGAGAACAGUAUCAGAACUCUGACGAAGAUUAAAGAAAGAAACAGGAACCGAAUGUGUGGAGAAAUAGAGGAGUUUCUGGCUAAUCUGAAAGACUAAGAGCCGAUAAUAAAGAGGAAAC